AUGAGGAUUCGAAUUGGAAUUGGCAUUUGCGGAUAGAUCUUGCUCUGAUUACAGAGGAGAUGAAUACUGAAACUGGAAAGUUGAUAGUAUAUCUGUCUGAAUGUUCCCCAAAUUAUAUGUACAUAAUUUACAAGUCAAGCAAAAAGAGUUGAGAGGUCAACACACGCUUCUUUAUUUGGAAGGACUAAACUAAAUGAAUAUAGAUACGCCGCGUUGUAAAGCGGUUAGUCCUAAAUAAAACAGAAUUCAUCAUUAAAAAAAAAAAUUGAUGAUCAAGUCAAGUGGGAGAAUGAGAUGAUCAGAUACAAAAGCUUUCUCAAAACCCUAACCAAGCCCUUCACUUCUAAAUCAAGCAAAGAUUCAAACGAGGUGGACCUGGAGAAAAUUGCAGCGCAAGAACAGAAGCAUUUCCCUUUUGAGAUCCUGGUCGCAGCAACCAACAACUUCCAUCCGAGUCUCAAGCUCGGGGAAGGAGGCUUUGGCCCCGUUUUCAAGGGAAAACUUGGUGAUGGGCGAGAAAUAGCGGUGAAGAAACUGUCGCGCAGUUCAACACAGGGGAAGAAAGAGUUCUUGAGCGAGUCAAAGCUGCUGGCACGAGUGCAGCACAGAAACGUGGUGAAUUUGUUGGGAUACUGCGUCCACGCUGCGGAAAGGCUGCUUGUUUAUCAAUAUGUGGUCAACGAGAGCCUCGACAAGAUUCUAUUCAAGGGUGAUAAAGGAGAUGAAUUUGACUGGAAGCGGAGGUACGAUGUGAUAACAGGCAUUGCAAAGGGGCUGGUUUAUCUUCACGAAGAGGCUCACUGCCGCAUCAUACACCGCGACAUCAAAGCUAGCAAUAUCUUACUUGAUCACAAGUGGGUUCCCAAGAUCAGCGAUUUCGGCAUGGCGCGUCUCUAUCCUGAAGACCAAACACACAUCAACACGCGUGUUGCUGGAACCAAUGGCUACAUGGCACCUGAAUACCUGGUGCACGGCCAUCUUUCAGAAAAGGCAGAUGUAUUCAGCUUUGGGGUUGUGCUUCUGGAGAUCAUAAGUGGACAGAAAAACUCAAGAUUCAACCGAGAUCCCCAGUGUCGGAGCCUGCUUGAAUGGGUAUACAAGCUUUACAAGAAGCAAAGGAGCUUCGAAGUGAUUGAUCCCAGAAUAGUGUCUUCAGCAGAUCCUCAUCAGGUUGCAAUGUGCAUACAGAUAGGGUUGUUGUGUGUUCAGUCCGACCCUAAAACAAGGCCCGACAUGAGCCGUGUCGUUAUGAUUCUGUCCAAGAAGCCAACCAUUCUUGAAGAACCAGCAAGGCCUGGACACCCUGGAACAAGGUACACACUUCCCCGCCGACCAACUGCAGCUGCAUCUUCCUCUGCCUCUGCUUCUGCUACCAUAUCUCAAUCAUUCGGCUCCACCGACACCUCAACGGCAUCUGCAUCAGCAUCAGCAUCUGCAUCCGCAACUGCAACUUCUUCUGGUACUGUUAGGAGCCCCAGAUCAGACCCCCAUGGGAAACGACCUAUCACAAAUUAGUACUCCCUCCCUCCCAAUAAAAGUGAGACGUUUCUUUUGAGCACCAGAUUUAAUGAGCUAGUGUUUAGUAAAAAAAAAAAUGAAAGAGAGAAUGAAAAAAUUGUUUUAAUUUAUUCCAAAAAGGGAAACAACUCAACUUCGUUGGGACGACCGAAAAAGAAUACGACUCAACUUCGUUGGGAAGAAGGGAGUAUAUCAUUCACCCAUUUUGCCCUUCUGCUACAUCACAUUUUUUCUCUUGUGAUGCAACAAUGUUAGUUCAACAACACCCUCACUCCUUGCUCCUUACAAUCAACCAUUACUAAACAUGCCCAACCAAACAGGAUUCCAAUUUUUUUAUACGUCUCUUCAGCAAUUUGUAUCAGUAUGGAGUGUCUCCUUCAUUCCUUGUACUUUUCUUUACAUUUUUUUAUUCUUUUUGGCCAUUGUUAA